AUGCCUGCCUCCCUCGACACGAUCCUUCCCACGCCAGUCCUUAGCAACGCCAUGAACAGCGUGCACUACACCAGCAACGACGACGUCGAGUUGCCCAACAUCUACACGUACUUCCACGACUUUACCUUUGAAACGGACGCCAACAUGGACGACAUGGACGCCGUGUCGGUCUUUAUUGCUGGCCUCGAAUACCUCAAGCACCUCUUUAUGACCUCCGCACCGCCGACGGCUGCUUAAGAUUACGCCAAAAGUGGCUUCUGCGCCCAUGUACAGUACAAGCUGUAGUGCAUGGCGCUAAUUUGGCACAUCAGCGCUGCACAGUAUAUAUCUAAAAUGUAAAAAUAGCUAAUCUCGACAACGUCCUUCAACGACACAA